AGAGAGUCUGUGGUUUCCAUGGAGAUGAAGCUGAAAGUGCAGGAAAUUUAAAGGCUUUGGGUCCUUGCAAAGCAGACAAACUGGUGCCAACGUGCGUGGCUGCUGUUGCUGCUGAGGAGGCUGCUUUGCAAACGGCGGAGAGAAGCGGGGAGGAAGAAUCGGCAGCAACUUCUUCCACACGCACGGGCAGACAACGAGGAGCGGCAGCAGCAAGCAGAAUUCGCAACAAAAAGAGGCAUCUCCCGUUCCCGGGAAGGGCGAGAAGAAGCAGCAACAGCAGCAGAAUUUUGGAGCGGCUCCACCAGGAGAAAUUUUUAUAGAGAAGGCUACAAGAGAGUGUUUGCAGGGGGCUUGUUCUCCGGGCUUAUCAGGGGGCUGUCUUUGCUGGUGGUGCGGCGAGUGGAGGUGAUCCCCCUCAAAGACGAGUUAUUUUGGAUAUCCCCGUACAAGUUUUCUGAUGUAUUUGCUUGCACCUUCUUCCCCUGCUGUUUGGUGAACCCAGCCCCCCUUUCCCCCCCCCACCGGUCUCCCAAGGAUGGAUCAUUCCCAGUGCCUUGUGACUAUAUACGCCUUGGUGGUUCUGCUGGGUCUCCGGCUAGAGCAGGGCGCCUGCCAGCACUAUCUGCACAUCCGACCGGCUCCCAGCGACAACUUGCCCUUGGUGGAUCUAAUCGAGCACCCCGACCCUAUAUUUGACCCCAAGGAGAAGGAUCUUAACGAGACCUUGCUAAGGAACCUCAUGGGCGGUCACUUCGACCCUAACUUUAUGGCUGUUUCCUUGCCCGAGGACCGGCUCGGAGUGGACGAUCUAGCUGAGCUGGACUUGCUGCUCAGGCAGAGACCCUCGGGAGCGAUGCCCAGCGAAAUCAAAGGGCUGGAGUUCUACGACGGGCUGCAGCCGGGCAAGAAGCACAGGCUGAGCAAGAAGCUGCGCAGGAAGCUGCAGAUGUGGCUUUGGUCCCAGACCUUCUGCCCGGUCCUAUACACGUGGAACGAUCUCGGCAGCCGCUUUUGGCCCCGGUAUGUCAAAGUGGGCAGCUGCUACAGUAAAAGGUCUUGUUCAGUCCCCGAAGGCAUGGUUUGCAAACCUGCCAAGUCCGUGCAUUUAACGAUCCUGAGGUGGAGGUGCCAGCGCCGGGGAGGGCAGAGGUGCACAUGGAUACCCAUCCAGUACCCCAUCAUUUCGGAGUGCAAGUGCUCCUGCUAGGGCUGGCACUUACCUUCUCGCCCCUUCUCCAGCGGACUCACGUGGACCUUUGCUGCAACAGAAAUAAAAGACAUUUGCUUUCUGGUUAACGUUGUAAUGCACUGUAACGUGUAGGAGAAUGUAUAUUGUGUGUAUAUAUGGCACCGGUUUAAUAUACUAUUAAAAGGUCAGUAUUAUACGUGAAAUAAUCAGCGUCUACUGUAUUUUUAAGACUAUUACCCUGA